UUUAUCAAAUUUCUUCAAUAUAUUACUUGUUUUCAGUCUUUUCAAUCAAGAUUUUCCUUUUCUUAUGGAUCCUAAUUUGGAAAAUGACGGAACGCACACAUCUGCGCCAAUCUUUUUCCAACAAUAAUUAUCGUUUAUGCAGCAGCUGGAUCAAAUGUUUGAAGAUUCAGACGACGAAAGAACGAUGACCAACGCCAUGAUACAGUUAUAUGUAGGGAAAAUACCGCGAGCUUCAGAACCAAGAGCAUUAUUGACAAGAUACACAUGGAGAUUUUGAGAGGAAUGACAUCAAUACAUGAUGCGUUUAACAACAGAUAUGUGUAUUCUGACGAAGAUUUUCAACGUCACUUCCUCAUGCCGCAACACUUGGUCAUUAGGAUUAUUGGAGAGGUUUAUCAGGUACAUUUACUAAAAAAAGAUAAAUUACUAUUGGUAAACCCUAAAUUUAUAGGGUUUGAAAACAAGAUUUGUAUCGUUUUCCUUGGGGUACAUUCAAGGAGGUAUUGCAUGUAUACUACAUUGCAACGAGUUUGCAGAGUUCCUUCCAAUAACUAUGAAACUGAAAUCCUAAGUGACGCGUUUUUUUUCUGGUGCGCAAACACAGGUAAUAUACAGUUUAUAUAGUAUAGGUGACAAUACAAUGGAGGAGUUUUAUAUAGUAUAGGUGAUAAUACAAUGGAGGAGUUUGUGCAAUGGAAUCAUCAUCAAUUGAGUUCCAUAAAGAUUUUAUCAUCUUUAGUUGACUGCCAUGUAGUUGCAAUAAUAAUCUCAUAAGCAACUCGAGGUAAUGAACUCUCAUGUUUACUUUGUUCAGUUACAUCUUUAGUUUGCAUUGUUUGUCAAUCAUAUUAUCAUCCACAAUCAUUAUACCGCCGGUUCGUUUCGAGUGCUAUUGACAAAAAGACACGAGAUAGAGUUAAUGAGAUCGCGGGUUUCCAUUAAGCUAUAUAGAUUAUUUAGUUAACUGAUCAUGUUUGGAUCAUGUGUCCUUGAAUUGUUUGAGUUUCUUUGAUUGUUGAUCAAUUUCGGAUCAUGGGCUCCGGAAAUAUUAAUUUUAUUUUUGUCGAUAUAUUGAUUUGCAAUGACGGAAAUAUAGCAUUCGUUCAAUAGUGAGGAAGCUUCAAAGACGAGGACAUAAACUGCCUACAACAGAAGAGGGAAUCAUAUUUGAAACUGAUUUACUGGGAUAUGUACACAAUCCUCUUUACUAAAG